AUGUCGUUGAGUGAAACCCCAGACCCAUCGGGUGCGCCCACGGUCUCAUCUUCGUCCCCUCCAACAUCUACCCCUUCGCCAUCGGCUUCAAGUGGCACAACCGCUCCAUCAUCUUCUGCCUCGCGUCGCCCUCCCCGUAAGAGCACCUUGACCCAACAGCAGAAGAACAACAAGCGACAACGCGCAACUCAGGAUCAACUCGUCACCCUCGAGGUCGAAUUCAACAAGAACCCGACUCCUACUGCUGCCACUCGCGAGCGAAUUGCACAGGACAUCAAUAUGACGGAACGAUCGGUUCAGAUUUGGUUCCAGAACCGUCGUGCGAAAAUCAAGAUGCUUGCUAAGAAAAGCAUCGAGACUGGUGAGGGCUGCGACUCUAUUCCCGAGUCAAUGCGCCAUUACCUUGCGAUGCAAUUUGAUCCUACCAAAUCCGGAACGCGGGAUGCCUUUGGACGCUCAGCAGGCUAUGGAGCCCCUGGUAUGUAUGCGAACGAAGCCAACAACUCCGGGAAAGUUGUCAUCUCGCAUUUCACUUGUCGAUCUUUGACUAUUGGAAGCUGGCGGCGCAUUGGACAAAACGCGAUGGACUUAGUGGUUUUUUACUCGCCAGAUAAGGCUUGCAUGACCUACUACAUCAACAACGACUCGGCUGGAUAUAAGAUCGAAUACCCCUUCGCUCAUAUCAAGAACAUCACGCUGGAGACUGGAGAUCCUAAUCCCGGGCCGAAUGGCCAGCCCCCUCGACCCGGUGGUUUGAUCGUGGAGCUUAACAGGCCGCCCAUGUUUUAUAUGGAUUCUUCAAACUCUGGCGGCUUCUACCAAUGCGGUGAUUUCACCGAAGAACAACAAGCAAGUCAGAUCAUGGUUCAUCACCUGGGAGGCCAUCCCAAGGUCUUGAGCGUUCAACUUGCCAAGCUCGUCUCAUUGGAAUCCUUCCAGAAUCGUUUAGCAUAUGGUAACAACAACAAUGGCAACUUCGCUGUUCCCGCCGCCAUGUCGCCGCCUUUUAUCCAGCGCCCUGCUUCCCAACCGAACCACUUCGCACCCCCGGCAUACAUGAACCUGUACCAGGAUCAAAACCACUUGGGAUUCCACAUGCCGGCUGCUCGAGGACACAAGCGUCAACGUAGUCGCUCUGUCCCCGCUGCAGUUGACAUCUCUGCGCUCGGUCCCAUGACUUCGUUCCACAUGCCACAGACUCAGGCUUCAUAUAACCCAGCCGAGUCUGGAAUCUAUGCUCCGAUUCCUCAAUCCGCACACGCUCUGCCAACAGACCUGCGAAUUGACACUGAUGGAUAUGGCCUUGAUUUCCGGACGAACCCAAUGUCCGCCACGACCACGGCAUCCCCUUCUGAUUUUGCUAGCCCCUCGAUGUUCAGCAGUGCUGCACAGGGCGAUUCAACUCCUGUUGCCAGCAUGCCUCCUCAAUUCAACUUACCGCAGUUCGUCUCCACAGGACCUUCUGAUACAUCAACCGUUGGCUCGCACACAGCAUCUCCUUACUCGGGCGUUAGCCCGGCAGAUCCCAUGAUUGCUAAUCAUUCACCUCCAUUGUCCAACAUGUCGCACGCUCCAUCAGACAUGUACGGGUUCUCACAUGAUCAGUCAUCCAGCUUUGUCGAGGAUGGUCUUUCCAUGAAUGACAUGUACCCCAAGCACAAUAUCAACUAUGCCAUGUCACAUGAAGGGGCUAGCUUUGAAUUGCCAAUGCAUGGCAUGUCUGGUCAUGGAUCUCCGGCAAUGGGUGAUUACUCCCAUGGCAUGGUCAACCUCGAUGAGAUCAACUCUCAAGGGCUUCCCUCUGGGGGUUCAUGA